AUGAAAAAACAUUUACUUUUAGUGAAUGUGAAUGAUAUGGACAUAAUAUUAGAAGAAGCUAAUUAACAAGGAGCACUCUGGUUAGGAAAUCUAAAUGCUGCUUAAAAUCUUACAUUAUUGAAUUAAAAGAACAUCAAAACUGUAAUAACAGUGGCCAAUGAUCUUUUUAUAAGUUUCAAGCAGAAUUUAAACAUAACACACAAAGUACAAUAAUUCUUAUUAUCAAGUUAGAUUUUUAAGGUUGAGGAUUCAGACAAAGCUUAAAUCAUUAAUCAUUUUGAAGCAAUCAACAAUGAAAUUUUCAAUGGAUUAAAUAAUGGAUCAGUUUUAGUACAUUGUGCUGCUGGGAUUUCUAGAUCAAGUGCUUGUGUUAUUGCCUUUAUAAUGAAAUCUCAUAAUUGGACUUAUGAGAAAACAUUUUAUUUUGUGAAAGAAAAAAGAUUAAUAAUCAACCCUAAUCCUGGGUUUAAGAAAUAGCUUAUUUAAUACAAUAAAAUACUAUAAUAAGAAAUAUAAUGUUAAAAUAAAUCUUAAUUAGAAAAUUAUAGCUCUUAAUCUAAAAAAAUAAAUUCUUGUAGUAAAAUAAAUAGAAAUAUUUUAACACCAUAAGAGUUAAUCAAAUAGCUAUCUAAAAAUUUGAUUAAAACUCCUAACAAAAAAAUUGACUAAUUAAAUCGUACUUCUACUCCAGAAGAAAGAUAAAUCUAUAGAUAAUAAUUAGCUAAAAAACGAUUUAUUAAUACUUUUGCAAGUAAAAGUAAUGCUUCAAUCUCACAUUAUUCAAAUGAUAAUUCUGUUGUAAGUUAAAAAAACCCUGAUUAAAAACCUAUUAAAAUCAAAGCUUUAUUAAGUAUGUACAGAAAGCUUGACAUGAGUGUAAUGGAAUUAGGGAGAACAAAUUUAUGA